GUUGUGGGAGCAGUGCACGUCUAGAUCGAAAGCUCGCUUGCAAUUGGCAUGUCGGUCCGAGCUUGCACCCUCCCCCCCGCCCUGGCCCAAAUUGUCCCGGUCGAGAGGCUGUGAUCCCUCACUAGAAUUCAUCUUCCUCCUUAGGGGUAGACUGUGUAGACACAACAAGCGGGACCGCAACUUGGUCGCCGCCGCACCGAGCGCUCCUAGGCGCUCCCAGUCACCUCUUAUCCACUUGAAUUAUAAUCUGGCUCCAUUUAGGUAGCCUCUCGCUCCGGAUUUAGGAGGAUCGCCGAAAUGGCGUCCAAGAAGGGCACGGAUGCGCCCGCAGCGCUCACGGACCCUCUGAAGGAGGACCCGACCGUCAUUCGCGAUGAGGCACAGUUUCCGGAGCCUUCCCUUUACUUUAAGGUCUUCGAGUCUGAGGCGGGCGAGCCGGAGGCGAAAAUCCGUGCGGAUGUGAACAAGCUCUAUGACCGCUGGAUUGAGAAAUACGGCCGCCGCUGGCCUGAGGAUGGCAUUAACACCGAGGACAUGGUGUGGCUGGCGGAGGAGGCCAACAAGCGCAAGCGGGCCAAGCCCCGGCCCCGGGGCACAGUCGCGGCGGAGAAGACUGAGUACGAGGACGAGUUCAUGCCCGACCCCACCGUGGGCGCGCCCGUGAGCGCGGCGGAUGCCGCCAAGGCCGCUCGGCGCGCCAAGAAGGACCGCAAGAAGAAGAAGGCGGCGGGCGGGGCGGAGCAGCCCGCCGGCCCGCGCACCAACUACGAGAAAACCGUGGCGGGGGGGAAGUGGGUCACGGACGAGUUCGAGUCCGCGGACUACGAGGCCGGCAACCUGGAGAAGCUGUGGGACAUGUAUCUGUGGGACCGCGAGGGCAAGCCCACCAUGAUGCCCGACACGCCAGCCGCGCAGCAGGAGGGCGAGGAGAGCGAGGACUUUGACGACUUCUACACCGCCUACCGCCCGCGCGACGUGGACAGCGAGGAGGCGCGCGAGGCGGUGUGGGCCACGGAUGAGUUUGAGUCGGAUGAGGACAACACGGAGAGCGAGUGGGCGCCCGAGUACGUGGGCGCCGGCCUGGGGCUGGUGGCAGAGGACCCGCUGAACCCGCAGUACAGCCUGCGCCACUCCAACCACCCGCUGGCGCCCUUCCCCGGCGAGCCGCUCAAGUGGGCCAGCUACGUGUACCCCGACUUCACCACGUUCGAGGGCCUGUCGAAGCAGUCCAUCCCGCACGGUAUGGGCGUCAUGACCUUCGGCACCGGCACCGGCGCCGGCUUCGCCAUGAGCCAGACCCGCUACGGCGACAAGUACGAGGGCGAGUUCCAGGCCGGCUACGCGCACGGGCUGGGCCAGUUCACCAGCGAGGCCUCGGGCGAGGUCUACAUCGGCGAGUUCUUCGCGGGGCAGCGCCACGGCUGCGGCAUGACGCUGGACAUGAAGCCCUACUUUUAUCUACUGGAGCGCGGCGUGGAUCCGGUGGAGGCCUACCGCCGCACCGCGGGCGCCAUCAUGAAGAACGUGGAGGUGCGCACCUGGUACCGCGGCAACAAGCUGGGAGACGCCAAGGAGGACGAGGUGGUUGAGAUCAACGUGCUGAAGGACGAGCUGGACGACCCCUUUGAGAUCGCGCUGCGCAACAGCCUGCACGACGCCAAGCUGCGCAAGUGGAAGGCCAUGAGCCCGCAGGACAAGGCCAUGGACCGCAUCGUGUCCAUCAUCGAGCGCGUGCAGCGGCGCAACCCCGGCCGCUUCGGAGCCUACUACCGCGAGGACGAGAAGGGCCGUGUGCGGCCGGUGCUGGACUCGGACGGCGCCGACACCGACUUCGACAGUGUGGACAUGAUCCAGGGCGUGGACACGGACGGCGACCUGGGUCCGGGCUGGGAGGGCGCCACGGACAGCGAGGAGAACCCCAUGGACCCGCGCAUCCGGGAGCUCAUGGCGGCGGAGGGCAUGGACGACAAGCUGGAGGAUGAGGGCUUCAAGGACACAGUGUUGGGCUCAGCCAUCAUCAACCCCUACACGGGCCUGGACAUGAAGACGUACCUGGACGGCAAGGAGCGGCACCAGGCCGAGCUGGUGUCGGUGUACAAGGCCAGCCGCGAGGGCCGCAAGUACCUCAACAAGGUCCGCAAGGACAAGGGCGGAGCCGCCAAGGACGACGAGUCCAGCUAUGUGGAGGACGACGCCGCCUCCGGUCACCCGGGCGCGCUGCUGAGCCGCGAGGCGGAGGACGACCGCCUGGCGCGCCUGUACGAGCAGGCGGGAGUUAGCAAGGAGGACGAGCGCCGCGUGGAGGGCCUGGCUGCCCGCUGGCGGCGGCUGCUGGCGGCUGACGAGGAGGAGGUGCUGGGGGGCGCGGUGGGCGCCUUCCGCCGCCCAGGCAACCCACUGGCCGCCAAUGAUAGCGACACGGGCUUCGAGACGGAGAGCGACAUGAUGGAGAUGUGCGACAUCCCCGAGAUCCUCGGCACGGUGCAGGAGGCGCGCCAGAUCGUGGAGCGCGCGCGCAUGUGGCGCUUCAAGCCCUACGGCGAGGUGGGGCUGCGCAUGGCCCAGGACGCCAACGGCAGCCCGGUCAGCCUGAUGCAGGAGCCGUUGCACUACCCGCACGGCACCAAGUUCAUGGCGCCGGGGCCGCUGGGGCUGUGCCACGCCGUGCCCGACGACCCCUCGCUGCGCCAGGAGAUGGCCAAGGUGGCCCACAACUACGCCGCCAUCUACCGCAUGUACAACUUCGACUGGGACCCGGAGCCCGGCACCGUGCAGUACAAGAUCGACCAGCGCAUCCGCAGGGCCCAGGAGCUGCGCAACAACGCGAUGGCCCGCUACCUGGCCGCCGCCGACGAGGUGCUUCGCGACGGCGCCGCGCCCGCCGGUGAGGGUGACCAGGCGCUCCUGCUCGCCUCCACCUCCACCGGCGCCCCCGAGGCCUUCGACGGCCAGGGCAACGCCAGUGGCAGCGGCAGCAGCUCGGCGCUGUCGUCGCGCGGCGGCAGCAUGUUUGCAUCCAUGACGUUGUCGCGCCCCGCGCCCAUGGCGGGCGUGGUGAGCCUGGGCCGCGCGGCGCGCGUGGUGCUGGGCGCAUUUGCGGAUGCGGCCAAGUCGGUGCCGAUGGCGCGGCCGCGCCUGGCGCGCCCCAGCGGGCGGCGGCAAUAGGGCGGCGGCUAGGGCGCAGCGAGCGGCGGCCGUGGCGGUGGUGUUGCUGCGGUGGGGCCGUGCUUAGGCGCGCUGGCGGUGGCGUGCGGUGGUGGGCUUUGGAUGUUCCGUGGAGGUUUAGGGGUGGUGGUUAUGGGGAGGCCAGUUGUGAGAGGGGCGUUGGUGAGGCUCGGGGGCCUUACGUGGGGAAUGCUUCGCUCGCACCACGCGCUUUUGCAUUGAGCACGCUUGCCUGCUUUGCUUGGAUAGUGGCUGGCGGCGUUGGCUUUGCCAAAUGCGCUGUCUCUUGCAGUGUGUGCAGUUUUGCUGUUGUUGUGUGUGCUUACUAGGCAGCAGCUUGCAGGCCAGUCUGUCCAUUAGGGAAGGAGCGGGCUAACUAGGUGAUGAGGAUGCGGGGCUUAGGCUGCACGUCAGGUGUCAAGGCAGGCAUGUCGGAUACUGAUGGAUGGACUUUCGGGUACACUUGGAUCCAAAAGGUUGCUGCUCUGUGCAGGAGAGCGUUAUCAAGGUGAGCAGGCGUCAUUUCGGAUCCGCAACAAGUCGCUCCGGUGCUCGGAUGUAACUUGGUGCGGUUGUUUCGUCACUUCCAUGUCCCCUCAACAUGGGAUCCCACCAUGGGAGUGUGGAGCCAGCCAGCCACUCGGCCUAGCCAUCCCAGACAGACUGAUGGUGCCCUUUUGGGUCAAGCCGUGGGUGGCCUGACGUGCGCCAGCGCUGCAUUGUAAGUUUCGAGACAG